AUGAUUGCGGAGGAUUGGAUAGAAUUGAAAAAUGCGCAAGAGAGAAAUAUUAUGAUCAGAAAAGCGCAAAUUGCACGUAUGAUUGUUGCGUGUGCAUAUUGUAUCAUGGCCUUAGGAUGCUUAUUUAUUAUCGUUCCUCCUGGAUUUGGAAUAUCGAUAAGAUUAACGACCAAUAUUACUGAUCCAGGCAGAAUAGUACCACUACAAACUCAUUAUAUUUACGAUGUAACAAAACAACCUCAGUACGAACUGACGUAUAUUAGUCAAACUAUCUAUAUAGUUCUCGCAGUUUUGUCUUAUACUGGAAUCGAUCAUUUUCUUGGGCUGCUAGUUUUCCAUAUAUCCGGCCAAUUGAACAUUCUUAAAAAUCGUUUGAUAAAUUUGGAUACAUAUAUCAAUUCUCACGACAUGUUAAAAAUAUGCGUGGCACGACACAUUCGUUUACUUAGAGCCAUUACUAUUAUUGAAGAUACAUAUAAUGUAAUACUUCUCUCAUUAUUUCUAUACUUUGCAAUACUUUUCGCUUUCUACGGCUUCCGUAUAAUCAACCUAUUCGACGAAGGAAAUGAUUUAUCACUCACACAUUUGGUAUUCUUUAUGUCUACAUUUUUUAAUUUAUUUGCACAUAUGUGUCUGUAUUGUGCUCUUGGCGAGUUUUUAGUAGCCGAAUGUAAUGAAAUAUAUUAUGCAGCCUACAGUAAUGAAUGGUACUCCGUGAAUCCAAAAAUUGCACAAGAUUUAUUGUUUUUGCUAAUAAGAGGUGCCAAACCGAUUCAUCUCACCGCUGGAAAAAUAUUCCCCAUGACAAUGAUGACAUUUUGCAGUUUAAUAAAAACAUCAAUCGGAUAUAUAUCUGUUUUGCAUACAACGAGAAGUCAUUAA